AUGGCGAUGCCCCGAUUCACAUCUUCAUGGCAGGUCCGCGCCGAAGCCGGCGAGCCAUUCGCCGUGAUCCGCGUCCGCGACCUGCAGGGCACGCUCAAGGCCGGAACCGACGCCUGGGGCCGCCUGAACAAGACGCAGCCCGUCAUCAUUUCGGCGGAGCUCUCGAUGGCGCAGCCGUUUGACGGCGCCUCGGCCUCGGACACGGUCAGCGAGGACACAGUGCACUACGGCCACCUCGCCAAGGCCCUCCUUGCUAGUCUGGACGUGGUCAACUCGCUUGUCGAACAGCGCGGCAGCCCUUUCAGUCUAUGGUUCGCGCUGUUGCACAUUUACGAGCACCUGUCGGGGUACCGUCUGGAUCACCGCGAACGGACGCCCGAGGACGUCGUGCGCACGCACCAGGGCGGGACCCUGAAGGCGCAGCUGGAGAGGGUGAGGUAUAUGGACGUCACCCUCACGCUGCCCAAAGGCUCGCUUCUAGGCGAUGGUGUGAGCAUCUCGCGGGCCAUGGUCUUCAGUGCGGCGAAGCCGGUGGUCUGGAGCGAGACGCUCCGUAUUCAUGGGCUGCGGGUGCCGACGCUCAUCGGCGUCAAUGACAACGAGAGGAAGGCGAAACAGGUCGUCAAGACCGAUGUGGAGAUUGAGGGGUACAGAAGCAACGUAGCAGGGGAAGACGACAUAUAUGUUGAUGUCGAGUCCGUCAUUGUCAGGACGCUGGCAGAGUCGUCAUUUGAGACGCUCGAAGCUCUCGGGCCCGCCAUCACUAGCAGCAUCAGACAAGGCCUCGCAGGGCGUGGCGAGUUAUUUGGCCUUUCCGGCUGGGUGAUCAAGGUUGUCAUGGAGAAGCCGACGGCCAUCACCAUGGCCGCCGCCUCGCGCGUGGAAUACAGAGAACUCCCGAGGGCAAAGCCUUAG